AUGACUCCAAAAAUCAAAAUUUCUAAUCAAUCUAAUGAAAAAAAAGAAACUGAUGAAAUAGAAACUCCAAUUUACACUAAAGAAUUUUUUGAGAAUCUUCAAAAAUUCAAUUGGAAGCAUUUAGAAUGCUCGAUUUUUCAAGAUGCAUUCAACAAAAGAUCUCUUGAGGUGGUUAUUAAUUCUAAAACUAGAAAAAUUCACCAAGAACAGAAAAUGUCAGAAAAAGAUAAACAAAAGAAUAAGAAAAUUAAGAGAUUAGAAAGUGCAGUUCAAUUAUUAUUAAAAUCAAAUUCUAAUGUUGCUCCUGAA